GUAGUUAUUCAAAAGUCAGAAUUAAAGUAAGUGAUUCACUUGCAACUUGUAGAAGAGAAAAAAGGAAGGAAGAAAGGAAGACAUACCAAGACCCAGAGAAAUGGAACGAACUGAUGAUUAUCAACAGCAUAACUGUAAAAGCAAUGAGAUGGUGGAGGAGGUGGAGCAGACCAAAAUACGUCUCCUGAGAGCCUCUGUUGAAAGGCAGGAUCCCUCUUCCAAGGAAGUAGCUGACUUGACACUUAGAAGAUUUCUGCGGGCCCGUGAUUUAGAUAUCCAGAAAGCUUCUCUCAUGUUCCUCAAGUACCUGAAAUGGAGACAGGAAUUUGUUCCAAAUAGCUCCAUUUCUCCAUCAGAGGUGCCAAAUGAAAUUGCACAGAAUAAAAUGUUUCUGCAAGGAACAGAUAAGAAGGGACGCCCGAUAACGGUUGUUCUUGGUCGUAGACAUUUUCAAAACAAAGAAAGCCUAGAUGAAUUUAAGCGUUAUGUAGUCUGCGCUCUGGAUAAAAUAUGCGCAAGGAUGCCACCAGGAGAGGAGAAGUUUGUUGUGAUUGGAGAUCUUCAAGGUUGGGGAUAUGCAAACAGCGAUAUUCGAGGAUACCUGGCAUCUUUAUCCAUUUUGCAGGACUACUACCCUGAAAGACUAGGGAAGAUGUUCAUCGUGCAUGCACCGUACAUUUUUAUGGCAGUGUGGAAAAUUAUCUACCCUUUUAUAGAUAACAACACCAGGAAGAAGAUAGCAUUUGUGGAGAACAAGAAGCUGAAAUCCACUCUCUUAGAAGACAUCGAUGAGAACCAAAUCCCAGAGAUAUACGGAGGGCAGCUGCCACUAGUUCCAAUCCUCGACAGCUGACCAACGAACUAUCCGGUGGCACAGCCGGACAGAAAUAGAUGUGCAGAUAAAUUAUCCCUGAGCGAAAUGUCCGGCCCUGUAAGCUAGAACAACCCGCCAAUGAAAUGAACAUCUCCAUGUACUUGCUUGAAUCUCCUUGUCUUUGAAACUGUACUAAGCUAAAUGUGUGUGUGAAAUUUGCUCUCUCAGAGAGUGAGGAUGACUAUUGGCAUCGGUCAUUGUGUUGACGGUGGAGAUACCUCCAUUAAUAUAAUUUAAGCCAGUUUGACUCGAA